UCAUUCUUCCGUGUUCCAUCAAUUCUAUUUAUUUUAUUUCGCGCUGGCGUUGAUCGUCUGCUAUGAUUAACGCCCGCUGUUGCUAGGAUAUCCACCAGUCACAUGGUUUGGUUUAUGAGCAGCAAAAGGGUUGCCAUAGCUCGGUCUACUCUUAUUAUUAGUCUAUGCAUUUAAGCUACGCCAAAUUCCUAACCUGAACAACGUUCAAUGCUUCGUGUUCUACCUUUGACUGAAUUUUUCUUGUUGAAUUUGUUGUGGAUUCCUAAGUGCAUGUGAUAAAAAGAUCAUUCAACAUGAAGCUCAAUACUACACCAAGGCAUUAUAUGCCAUUGCCUCAGAAUCAAAGUGAUGAUGAUGAGUCUGGACCUGGAAAAGAAGAUAAAAAUGAUAAGCUAAGCUUUAAAAACCCUUAUGAUGCUUCUGAAUGUUUAUCUAAGAGCAUUAGGGAAUCUGAAACUGAAGUAUGCACGAAGACUCUUCCUAUGUCUCCUUUGCGGAUUGUUAUGUUUAUAUUGUCGUUGAUUUUAUGCGUGCUUUUUGUUGUUGUUUUUGUAUUCUUCCUGCCUUGCAACAUGCCAAAUGAUUUGAAUGGAACAUGUCGUUUAACAAACAAGUGGAGAUCUAUGUUUUACAAUAUAUCUUUCUCCUCAUCGUUGAAUUUUGUAAGUAAAACAUAUUCCUCCAAUGGAGUAAUAAUUUUUGCUUAUAAGAAUGAAGAAGUGGGCUUGGUAGGAAUAGAUGCACCCACUGGCAAAGAAAGAUGGAGAUUACCCUUACAUGGCAUUCCGACCUCUGUUUCUUGUAAUAUCGACAUUAAUUUUGAUCACAUAUCUGAAUGCUUAGUAGUUGGAAAUAAUGGCCUAUUUACUGCCAUUGAUGCAGAAAAAGGAAUAAGUUUAUGGUACCUGCAUAACCAUAGCAACUUGAACAAUGCUGAUGCAAUUUAUGGUGAAAUGGUUGUUUCAGACUGUGAUGCAGAUGGCAUCUUUGAUAUUGUUGUAUCUUACAAUAUAAGCAGUGUAGAAAAUAUAUUCUAUUUAGCUGUUGUAUCUGGAGGGACUGGAAAAGUCAUUGGUAAACUUGUGGAACUUCCUCAGUGCAGGGGUCCUGUGACAACUUGGUUCCCUUGGAAAUUAGGAAAUAAAACAGAUUUCAUUCUGUAUUGUCAAGGAGAAAAAAAUGGCAAUUUAUGGCUUUUAUCUUCUAAAGUGGUUUGUGACACAGCUUUAAAUCGAUCCCACAGCUUAUCGAUGAAACAUCUUUUUAGUGUUCCUCAUUUUGUUGAAGACUUAUAUUUCUACGAAGUUUCUGUUACUGACAAUCAAAUAGUUAUCGUUCUUGAUAGUGUAAAAUUUAUGUUGUUGGAAAUAUCAUCUUCAGCUUUUCACGUAGUAUGGAAAAUUUAUCUUAGGACUCAUGAGAAAAUGAGGCUUGUAGCAGAUGGAAAUUUUGUUCAAGGCAAUUCACAACUACUAUUAAUUGGCAACAACAUGUCAUAUUCGAAGGUAAUUGGCUUAAGUUUGCUGAAUGGUAAAGAAAUGUGGUCUUUUACUCUUAAUCAGACUGUAGUAUCUGCUAUAAAAUUAAUCAAGUUUUUCGGUAGGACUGAUGGCGUAGUUAUGAAAACAUUAAGAGAGUUUCCUAAGAAAAAAAAUUUUAGAAAAAACUCAUUUGCAGUUGGCUUAAAAGAAUUUGAAGAGAACUAUCAACUUGUGAAGUGUGGAAGUAUUCCAAUUUUGAAAGGAAUAAGCAGUGAAAACAUUUCUAGCUUCUGUGAAGAUAAUACAUGUAAACCAGAAAUAUAUACAUCAAACAAAACAGUUGUAGCAGUUGCUGAUGGUUUGGAUACAUCUUUUGAUGUACUGACAGUUUCUUCAACUCUGUAUCAUGAUCAUAACAUGGUACAAAAUACUGCUGUAGCUGUAGUGGUAAAAUAUUUCAACUUGGAAAACAUUUUAGCCUUACCUAGAUGUGUUGGUUGAAGACAGAAAUGGAAUGAACUCGGAAUUUCAAAUUUACUCUGUUCCUUGUUUGUUCAAGAUUAGUUGUGGAAUUCUGGAAAAAGCAAGACUUUUUUCCUUUGUGAUACAUUGUGAUACAUUAAGUUAAUGUGAAGAUUUUUUACAUCUUCUCAAAUGUACAUAUAUUUUAAUAUUUAUGUAAAAGUAUUCUGAAAUUUUCUUUCUAUCUAUUGAAAAAUUUCCAAAAUUUUAGUAAGAUUUUAUGCAAUGUUAUUGACAUAUUAUUUAGAUUUUGUUUCACAGAGCAUAUUGUAUAUAUUAAAU